GGGGUGUGUUAGGGUGCAUGUGUUUGUGUCUGAGAGUGAGUGUGCUCAGAGACUAGAGCGUAGCUUUAGGUUUUUUGGUUUCAUGGUCUCCAGACCUGACUGUCCAACAUGAACCUGUUCUGCUUCACGCUGGAGGGAUCCUCCGAAAGCAUAUAUGAACCAGUGAACAGCCAUACACUCAAGGAAUUCUUACCCAAGUCUCAGUGCAGUUCUGGGAGUCUGAGAUGCAAAGCUGAGUGGGGCGGCUCUGAUCCAUCCAUCAACUCUGACAAAAAUCACACUAAAACCAGACCAAUAGGAGAAAACAUAAGGUCAUGUAAGGCAAAGAUAACCUUGGAGGAUGAAACAUUUGUUUGCAGCGACAGCGGGGUGUUAACAAGACAUGUCCAAAAGAAGGAGAUAGUCUCAGAAAGAAGAAGGACAGAUCUACCAGCUCAGAAUGGGGAAAAAGGAACAGACUCUGAUGAAACCAUCCAAACCACAGGAAAAUUAAAAAAGUUACAAAAUCUAGUACACGUAAAGAACGGACCUAAGAAUGUUAAUGACAACAACACAAGCUCAACUAAGAAACACGCAUGCAUGGAGGAAGGGGUGAGACACCACAGCACAGGGCUAACAUGCAUCAGCCUCUCACGAAGGACAGAGAAGAGCUCCUCUGAAGCUGUUUCACCAUCACACCCACAUCAACUACAACAGAACACCAGGAAUUCCAAUGAAGAUCCAACAGAAAGAGGGUUCUGGAGCCCAAAGAUGGGACAUUAUAGGUGGAAGCCGUUUGAGUGUCCAGAGGCCUGGCCAUUCCAACAUACAUGCCACCAGGUUCCACAUCAACUGUGCACCCAUAGUGGCAACAGCUCCUCCCCGCCCUGGAAUUCGGACUGGGAUCGUUUUGAGAGUCUGAUCCAGGAGCUGGACCAGAAACAGUCAGAUCUGUCUCUGUCACACAUGAUCCGUUCCCUCACAGAUAUGCAGUGCUCAGAAAACACAAACAUAUAUAUGGAGAACGACGAAGCAGCAAAGAGGGAGACUGGCCACAGAGGAACAUGUACCAAAGGACACAAACAGUCCAGAAGCUCCCUGGAAAGCAUUUACAGCCAAAAGAGUGGGCAAAGCUCCUCCAGUGGAGUCACGAGUGGGUCGAACUGCUCCAGCAACAGAGAAAGCCUGAGGCUGGAGGAUGAUCUGAUGUUCACACGGCAGUUCUGCUGCCGAGCAAGAGUCCAUACAGAAUUUGUGCCAAGUCUGUACGACACAGAAUCGCUCACACUCAAGGUGGGAGAUAUAAUUGAUGUCAUUGCCAAGCCCCCCAUGGGAACAUGGACAGGUUUGCUGAAUGGCCGAAUAGGAAACUUCAAGUUUAUUUACGUGGAUGUGCUAACACACAGUUCUGGCACAAACCUGGAUGAAGUGAAAGAGACAUCAGCAGUACAGGAAGUGCUAAAACGCCUCAGUUUAGAGGAAUAUUUCUCAUCUCUGCACCUGAACGGUUACCAAACAGUAGAUGACUUGAUGAAGCUGAGGGAGAGCAACCUGGUGGAGCUGAACGUCACUGAUCCAGAACACCGAGAACGUCUGCUCACUGCUGUUCACUCCCAGCAGCAACUGGACUCUGAAAUGUCCAGAGAUGUGAAGGGAGAUAUGAACAGCUGUCCAAGAGACUCGGGCUGCCUCGAGACAUCUGACAGCCCAGAAAACUGCACAGAGGACACAGACCCUCAUUUCCUCCCUGAAUACACUGCAAUGUCAGAUAUAUUAGUCUUGUGAAGAGAAUCAUUUUUGUUUUGCUAAUGUUCAAAAUGCUUGGGAAACUUGUAGUUUAUUUCUUCAGUUGCACAUGUUCUGUAAAAUGAUUUGUUUUUUGAAAUAAACAUUUGAUGAGUA